AUGAAUAUUGUCUCUUACAACAUUAGGGGUGGCGGUAAUCCGUUGAAGCAAAGACGGAUUAAGGAGUGUCUUAUGAAGGGUAAGGCGGAUUUAUGUUUUCUACAAGAAACCAAGAUUAAGUCAAUAUCAGGUAAAAUUGUAAAUUCCUUAUGGAGUGAUUGUGGUGUCGAGUGGUCUGCGCACGAUUCUAGAGGGCAGUCAGGGGGGCUGCUAAUCAUGUGGAAGAUGGAUGUUUUUUCUCCGGUUUUUAGCUUUGGUGGUACAGGUUUGAUAGGAAUAUGUGGUAAUUUUGGUGGUAAGCAAUGUUUCUUUGUUAACGUCUAUUCGCCCUGUGACCUUUUAUCCAAGCGAAAGUUGUGGGAAGAUCUGUUAUCUCUCAGAAGUAAGUGGGGUGGAGGGGAAUGGUGUCUUGGGGGCGAUUUCAAUACGGUUAGAUUUCCUUCAGAGCAUAUUGGCCGCAGUAAUUCUCAAAGGUCUCAGGAUUCACACGAGUUCAACGACUUCAUUGGCCUAAUGAACCUCAUUGAUCUUCCAACUAGCCACAGGAAAUUUACUUGGUGUAAGGGAGGUGUAGGUGGUGCAAUGAGAAGAAUUGACAGGUUUCUCCUAUCGGAUGGCAUGGUGUCUCUUUUGUGUGCUGACUGUCAGGUGGUUGGUCGUAAGGAUAUUUCGGACCAUAGUCCGAUUUGGCUGGAUUGUAACUCGCAAAACUGGGGACCAAAACCGUUUAGAACUCUGAACACAUGGCCGGAGCAUCCGGGUUUGGUCGAAUUUGUUGAUAAAGAAUGGAAGGCUUUAAGGAUCAAAGGCUCUUGUGCUUUUGUUGUCAAAGAGAAAUUCAGAUGUCUUAAGGAGAGCUUGAGGAGCUAG